AUGUCUUUGCUCUCAAACCUUGCAUUACGUAUCACCAACUCCACCCCCGCAGCAACAACAACAUCAACAACAACAUCAACAACAACAAUGACCAACACAAGCAAAGUUGUCAAGGUGGCCGUCACCCAGGCCGAGCCCGCCUGGAUCGACCUCCCAGCCGCCGUCGCAAAGACAUGCAAGCUCAUCGCAGAGGCCGCUUCCAAUGGGGCUCAGCUCAUCGCCUUCCCUGAGUGCUGGAUCCCCGGUUACCCCGUGUGGAUAUGGACCCGCCUCAUCGACUUUGAUCUCAACGUAAAGUACAUCAAGAACUCGCUUCAGCUCGACUCGCCCGAGAUGGCCACCAUCCAGGCCUGCGCAAAGGAGAACAACAUUGCCGUCUCACUCGGCUUCUCAGAGAACGACAACCACUCGCUCUUUAUCGCGCAGGCCCUCAUCGGCCAGGACGGCGAGAUCAAGGUGCACCGCCGCAAGAUGAAGCCCACGCACAUGGAGCGGACCAUCUUUGGCGACGCGUCGGGCCACUGCUUGAAGAGCGUGGCUGAGCUGCCCUUUGCGCGAGUCGGUUCUCUGGCGUGCUGGGAGCACAUCCAGCCCCUUUUGAAGUAUAACACGAUUGCCCAAAAGGAGGAAAUCCAUGUCUCGGCAUGGCCCAGCGUCACGCCUCAUUCCGGCGGUGGCCCGGACAUGUGGUCGAUGAGCGCAGAAGGAUGCCACAACCUCUCCCGCACAUACGCUAUUGAGUCAAACGCCUUUGUUCUCCACAGCACGGCGCUCAUCUCCGAAAAGGGCAUCGCGGCGCACAGCAGUGCGGGCGGCGCCAUCAUGUCCACCCCUGGCGGUGGAACCUCUGCCAUCUUCGGCCCGGACGGCCGGAGGCUAUCGGAGCCCGUCGAUGAGAACACGGAGACCAUCAUCUACGGCGAAUUGGACUUUGACGCCAUCCACAGGACAAAGAUGUUCGCGGAUUGCACCGGCCACUACAGCAGACCGGAUCUUUUGAGGCUUAAUGUGGAUAAGGAGAUUAAGAUCCUGGUCAGGGCGGAUGGUAGUGUUGCGAAGGUGCCGAAGGAGGAAGAGGAGGAGGCUGUGCUUGUUCUCUAG